AUGUCUGGUUUAGGAGGCGACUUCGCCGUCAACUUUGCCCGUGAAACAUGGGCAUUAUAUGCUGUCGGCGUGCUCGGCGCCGUGUUGCGAUUCACUGCCCGUAUUCGACGUCUGGGUGUUCGCAAUCUCCAAGUGGAUGAUUAUCUCAUGCUCUUUGCUGUCGUCUGGUAUACAUUACUAUGCGUCGCUCUAAAUCAAGUCGCUUCUGGUGGAGGAUCCAAUCUCUUGACACCCGAAGAUCGAAAGAACCUGACCGACAAGACCAUCGCCGAGCGAGUCAGUGGAAGUAAAUGGGUCUUUGUGUCCGAGCACUCCUUUAUUCUCUGCGUUUGGGCUUUGAAAGCAUGCAUGCUGGUGAUCUAUGCUCGUAUCACCGAGGGGCUCAAGCAAAGACGUUGGAUCAACUAUAUCGCCAUCUAUGUCGCACUCGGAUUUGUCGCUACUGAGCUCUCGCUCUUCCUCAUCUGUCGUCCCUUGACAAACUACUGGGCCGUCCCCACACCAAACUACCAAUGUUCGUCUUACCAGUACUAUGAAGUGGUACAAGGCUGCAUCUCUAUAUCCGCCGACAUCUUUAUGCUCCUCAUCGCCAUCCCACUCCUCAUGCAGGUCCGCGUCCCACUCAAGCAAAAGCUCAUCCUCAUCCUGCUCUUCGGCAUGGGAAUCUUCGUCAUUGUCGCCGCCGUCCUGAACAAGGUCUACUGUCUCGUCCCAUCCCUGAUUUCCUACGUAUACAUGAACUGGUACUUCCGCGAAGCCACAGUCGCCAUCCUCGUCACCAAUCUCCCCCUCAUCUGGUCUCUACUCCGCGACGUUUUCCCCGCUCUCAAAUCCUGGACCGGUGGUUCCAAACGCGGUACCGAUCGCUACAAAUCCGGCCCAUGGACCAGCAAAGGCGGCUCCAAUAUGCCGCCCUACGGUCCACCCAGCCAUCUGCGUUCCGGCGACUUCAGCAUGCAGGAUUUCCAGCGUUCCGCCACCGUUACCCCACAGAAGGCAACGGCCUCGGAUGCGAGCAUUCCCGAGGAGCACGAAGUCAGCAGUGACGAUGGCUCGGCUCGUGCUUUGCGCAUUCGUCAGGAUAUCACCGUUACCGUCCAGCAUGAUCAACGAUCCGGUGAUUACCCAUCCAAUCAGUCUAGUUCUUCACAUGUGCGCCCACGUGAAGAUGUCUAG